UACACUAUCUUGGUAAUCACUAGUUCGAUAUCUGAACUAGUACUUGUAUCAUACAUUUUAUCCUUAGUGCCAAGCGAAGAUAAGGUUGUGCAUGUGCAGCGCAUCUGAAGUGUAGAAUAUGAUUUUAAUCUGAAACAUCCCCUUCCGUUUUCAUCGGCGACUCCAGCUGCACGAGCAGCGCUUUGUCUCGGAGGAGGUGGAGGGAGACUGACUUGGACCGGUCUGCUUAUCUCGCACAGCAGACCCUGCUGCAAUAGACAGCGGGGGGGGAAGGGGAAUGGUAGGGCCCCGGGGAACAGAAGGAAGCUAUCGGGGGCACACACACACAUCACUUUGGGAUGCAGCGGGACACCGGGUGGUGACCGGGCCUGCACAGUAAGGAUGGUGCACCGACAACGGAGCGGUGGAUUCCUGCGGAGCCCGACACAACGCACCACAACCUCGCGCCGGAGCCGCUGCUGCAUGGAUAGGUGCUUCUGCCAAUCUCAGUAACAACCGCUUCUACAUAACAAAGAAUUUUCUGACCGAGUAACAGACAUACCUUGCCGCUCCAUCACGCUCCACCCAAUUUGCGCGAUGAGACGGAGGAGUCAGCUUUGAAUCGAAGCUGCGUUUCACUGUACUGGUUUCGAGGCGCAUUCCACGGUUGUUUUAACAGUGAAAGAGACACGAGGAGAAAAGAUGUUGGUGCGAUGCUACCGGGCCAAGCUGUCGGUGUGGGCCGCUCUGUGCGUGCUGGUGCUCUGCUGGUUUUACGUCUUCCCCGUCUACAGAGUCCCCCGCGAUAAAGACAUAAUGGAAGAGGUGCUGAGGCAGCGGGGCAUAUGGCAGAAGAACCAAACGGGCAUUGAUUUGUACAGGAAGCUGCUGACGGAUUGCUGCAAUCCACAGAGGAUGUUUGCAGUGACCAAGGAGAACUCACCAGUGGGCAAAGUGCUGUGGUAUGAUGGCGAGUUUUACCACUGGCACACCGUCAACAACAAGACCUACUCACUCUUUGUGCAGGACAACCCUCUGGAUGUGCCCCUAAAGAAGUGUGCAGUGGUUGGCAACAGUGGCAUUCUCCGGCACAGCAAAUGUGGACGAGAUAUUGACCAAGCCAGCUUCAUCAUGCGGUGUAACCUUCCACCGCUCUCAAAGGAAUAUGUGGAGGAUGUGGGUACCAGAACACAUCUGGUGACAGCCAACCCCAGCAUCAUAGAAAAAAGAUUUCAGAAUCUUCUGUGGUCGAGAAAAGCUUUCGUGGACAGUAUGAAGGUGUACGGCUCCAGCUAUGUCUACAUGCCCGCAUUCACCAUGAAGCCGGGCACUGACCCAUCAUUGCGGGCGUAUUAUACCCUGGCUGACACCUCUUCCAACCUCACCAUGCUCUUUGCCAACCCCGAAUUCCUUUCUACUGUGGGCAAAUUCUGGAAAGGCCGUGGCGUGCACGCCAAACGCCUCUCCACUGGGCUUUACCUGGUCAGCUUGGCGUUGGGGCUGUGCGAGGAAGUGACAGUCUACGGCUUCUGGCCGUUCUCAGUCGGCCUAGAUGAGCACCCAGUCAGCCACCAUUACUAUGACAACAUCCUGCCCUGUAAAUGGUUCCACGCCAUGCCCGAGGAGUUUGUCCAGCUUUGGCACCUACACAAAAGCGGCACACUGCGCAUGAGGGUGGGACGCUGCCCACCCCAGGAAGGGGGGACGUUAGACUAAUUUGAGGAGUGACAGCAGUCAGCUAAAAUUCAGUGGGUUACAGUAAACAGAUGACAGCAUUUAGGUUGGGAAGCAGUAGAAAGCUGUCAGGGUUUUGGUGCAUGCACACUCACACACAUACACAUGCAAUGUAAAAUAACCAUAUAUUCCCCACCCGUGCCAUAUCUCUCUUUCUGAAAUUGUGUGCAUGGAUGUGUGUGUUUUUUUAUGAAUUGGGAUUGAUAAAGGUGAAAGGUCUUAGGGUAGAGUAAGGGGUGGGGGAUAUAUGCUACCUGCUAACUUCUGUAUCUGAAUGACAGCACUGGGACUUUGUUCUGUCUCAGAAGCAGUGGAACACGAGUUGAGGUGUAAUAAAACGCACUGAAACACUGGCAAAAUGCGAUGAUCAGCACAAAGAUAAUUGUGGCCUGGUACCUAGUAGCUUGACUACAACUGAAACUUAAUGGAGGGGAAAAAAUGGCAGGGGGGAGAAAGCAUGCAAGCCAGCUUAUAUGAAAUGACUAUUUUCUGUUUUUAUUCAGCCAAGCACUUGAUUGCCAUUCUCUGGUGCCAAACAGAACUUUAGUUCAAAGCAGGGGCCAUUAGAAACAGUCUUAAGUACUAUAUCCCCUAGAAUGUUUAGUAUUUCAACCCUUCACUGAAAAGGGAAAGUGAAUACACUUGGAUACCAUUGUAUUGUUUUUGUUUGCCAAAUGUGAUUUUCAUAGUUAAUGUGAAUUGUUUUGAGUCCACUUGAAGGGAAAGGAGGAAGCAUUAAUAUUUAUAAUCAAAUAUAAACCAUUUGCUUCAAAAAUCAUCACAUAUAUGUACCUCAAUUUUCAUUUGGCAAUAGCAACUGCAAGCAGGCUCCUGCUUCUUUAGAGAGGCUGCCUGAAGUCAUCUCUUGGUAACUGUACUAUACUUGCCAAGUACCAAGCCAAGGGAACAGUGGCCCACAUUUGAUACAAAGUCUCUCUGUCCUCUCAAAUGGCAAGACACUAACAUAAAGAUGAGUAGUCUUAGAAAAAGACUUGAGGACUCGAUGUCCCAAAGUGGCAUUUUAAUGGUUGACUAGUUUUUUCUUCAGAUGCUGGGCACCAUAUAGGGUAAAUAAUUUUUUGUUCCUGCUGUUAUUGUAAUUUUGUAUUUUGUAUCAAAGCACAGGAAGAACUGAGCCUCUGUCCUAAUCUUUUUUUAUAAUUGUGAAUUUGUUUGGGGAAGCGACAUUGUUCGGCAUAUAAGAAAUAAACAGUUCUUUCAUGUACAAGCCAACAUGACAUGUUUUUUUUUUCUUUUCAGGACACUGGGAAACAGUGUACUUGAUUUUUUUCGCUUUUAAGUUAGUUAUUUAAGAGUGACAGGGUGCCAUAUUGUCUACUGUAACAAAGGAUGACUGCAUGAAAAGUGCAUGGAGUGUACAACGGUCUUUCCAUAUACUCCUCAGACUUGUGGCACAGAAUGGUGCCUGCAGUCCAUAUGUCGACAUAUGGACUGCAGGCACCAAGAUUUGAACCUCCAACUCUCCGGUUGGGAAAUGACUGCUCUACCCACUGAACCACAGUCUCCCCAUAAUGUAGUGCAUGUUUGCUGUGGUAGAGAGAGUCUCAGAGAAAACGUAGUAUAAAAUGGGUCAAAUAAUAAAUGUGAAUGCAUUUUGGAAUUUGUUUUAAUUGGAUGGAACUACUGGAUAUUCAAGCAGAAAAACAAGUUAAAGCCACCACAUGUAGGAUUUUUAUGUGACCACAGCGUUUGUCAUUAUUAUUCUGCUUGCAUAAGUUUUCAUCUACCAAAUGUAAGACAAUCCUGGUGAAUACCGGUGCAUCCAAUAGCUUUCAGUCCCAGGGUCUAAAUAUUGGUACAUUUCUCAAUUAAACCAAUAGCAAUGCCAAAGUCAGGAAUUUUCAAACUAUACAUAGUAUCUUUAAUUAAUAAUUAAAUAUUAAUUAUAAUUUUCAGUUAAGCUAUAUGAUUCUCUGAUCAAUAACACAGUUUUAUUUGUGGCAAUGCAGUAAAUUUAAUUGAAACAAGCACAAUCAUUUGUAAAGACUGUUUGACCCAUUUUUGAAUACAGGUCCAGAGGGCUCAACUUUCCUACAUAUUUUAAUAUUUUAUGUUAUUCCAUGCUUAGUUUAUUUUAAACAGAUGAUGGAAAUGUGCUUUAUUUGCCUUGACCUGCUGAAUUUGUUACAAAAAGUUGAAUAAAAUAAAAUAAACUUUUUCAAGGCAAUGCUGUUUGUGCUACUCCGGCUGUCACCUUCUCUGCUCAUUCAGUUCUGCUGAUGUCAGUGACAUCCAUCCAUUUUCCUCCGCUUAUCCGGGACCGGGUCGCGGGGG